UAGGCUUCAGUCAGUUUGUUGAUAAGUGCCCUGAAGGAACAUUUGAAUUAACAGAUUCUACUCAAGGCAAAGUUUGUGGUAAGCUUACAGAAUUCCACAAGCAAAAAAACCUUUUGCUAUAGCCUAUAUAGUUAUUUAGCCAUGCCAACACACAUCGUUCUUAAGAUUGCAGAAAGUAUAACUUUAGACCAAGCGUUUCGGAUUUUCAUGGACAUCAUCUACAUCAAAGCAUAGCUAAAUAUUGGAUGAUCAUACUAAGACAUAAUCAUAAUCUAUAUACGCUGUCCGUGGGAGGAUUGAAGAUUUUACAAACCUUGUAAAUCAUGACGUUUGUGUUUGACGUUGUAAAAUCUGGGACUACAUAAAGAAAAAAUGUUAUAUGCAUGUAUAUAAUAUAUUCAUGAAUUAACUACUAUACAUUAUUUGUUUAAGCGAACUGUCCUGCUGGAACAUUUUACAACAAUGGAGCAUGUGAGAAGUGUCCUUCGGGGAGUUACCAAGAUAAGGAGAAACAACUAUCAUGUAAAAAAUGUCCAGCUCAUCAAGGAGCCAUGGAAAGCGGUGCCAAGGAGUGUAAAAGUAAGGAAAAGUAUAUCACGUAUAGCAUAAAGAGUUUUAUUCGGUAGUCUGGCUUCAUUAAUUUUAAGGAUAUAUAAUUGCAGUGAAAAUUUUUCAUCAGCAUUCAUUCAUUUUCAUCAGCAUCCAAGAAUGGAAUAUACAAGAAAAACAAAAUUGUCUUUUAAAGUUAAUGAGAAUUUUGGAGGUUGACUCCACUUGGAGUUCCUGGAUAAAUCCAUGAACCAUUCCUCGAAUUCAAAAUAAUUGGGCAGUAUAGGAGAACAAAGGCGAUCUCCUUCCCUAGCUAACUAGUACAGUAACUAUGCUUCAUUAUAACUGUGUAGUUAUACUAAAUAUUAUAAGGGCUAAUAAAAGAAUUAAUAGAAUAUAAAGCUUUGAAGAGAUAUGAAGAGCAAUAAAAAAAUUCCACCAAAAGUCACUGGUCAUAAAUGAAUUAAUGAGGCGAAUACUUUUUACUGAUUUGCACAUAUAGUCAUCAGAAACAAAAUAACCUAUCAUUUCAUUUUCAUGAUCGAUUAUCUCGUGAGCAAAAAAAUGAAUAGUCACAUUUAGCUACGUAAUAUGAAAAAUGUUCCCUCAAAAGAAUAUUUUUUAAAUUGUCAAAAUAAUUGGGUACCAAGAGAAAUAAUUUUAUGAAAUAAAAUUUGGGGUCACCGAUGUUACGAGUUAAAUUACUUUAAAGUCAAAUAUCCGCCAUCUUGAAACGCAACGGCAGUUGCGCAACUUUUGUGAAACAUUUUUAUGUUGUUUUACAAAAAAGUAAGAUACUUUUUGUUUCUCAACAAGUUAUGCACGCGUCAACAAGUAAUACAUUAGCUACUUGUCCACAAUACGGAUCUAAAUCGUGAAUUUUCCAUUUUUUUAAAAAAUCGUAUCGAGCCACUUUAUGUAAAUAGUAAAACCAAGUUACGUGUUAGUCUAGACACGAGCUAGUCUAGUAUCUCCUCAGUAUAUGAAGGGGGGGUUAAUUUUUCAGGGAUGAUUUUUUGUGCAGUGAAAUUUUAAAAUAUUCAAUCGACUGAUAGACUAUCUUGUUUCAGACUUCUAGAUCUGGCCCACGAGGCUAGGCGAGAUCUCGCAUGCUAAUUGAAAUCGACAUAAUGCUAAAAAUGUUUUCGUUUAUAUGAAAGGAGGGCCAGCCCUAUUAGGGGGAGAUCUUGCCAUUGACUUCGCGCCUAUAGUUGGGUUGGAACGCAGCAUGGGGAGAUAACUGGCCCUCUUGUAUAGGGCUGAGUGCAAAGCUCGCUGUAUCCGUGUAAGCUCGCUAUAUUUCUCAUGUGAACACGAGGUGAAAACCAGCCGUAUUGGUAGCCUUUCAUGUAAGACUCAUAUAAACAUCCCCAUAAGUUUAAUAAAAACUAAAGUAAGAUAAUCUUUGUUAUUUUUAGAUCUCUGUAUCCCUGGCACGUAUUCAACCUCCGGCUUCCCAACAGAUAAUGAAUCAUGCAAGCUCUGUCGUAUUGGAGAAUAUCAACCAAAUCACGGAUCAACAUCUUGUCUGAAAUGUACUGGAAAUACAACAACGCUUUCUGUGGGAGAAACUAAAAAGGACGAUUGUGGACGUAAGUAUGGUAUUUGUAGGUGAUUCAACUGCAUUCUCCCUCCACUCCAUUUUAUUAGUAACAUGAAAUUUCUUAGAGGAAAAAAUUGAAUGCUUGAUCGUAAAAUACAUAGAAACUGCAUGAUUUAUAGCUUAAGAACAAGUAAAUUUAAUUUCCUAGUCAGCGUUUAAAAUUCUAUAGGUUCGUGCUAUUUUUUGAACUACAGUAUAUGCCAAUACAUCCACCCUUUGUUAAUUUUCAUCCAAAGUGUCGUAUAUGAACACUGCACCCGCACAUAAGGCAGGUCGGUAUGACUGUACCUGGCUAAUGAACCAAUUGUUCCUGGUGAUUGUUUUAUGAAAGCCAAUCUGAAUUUGAUUAAAUGUGCCUUCUUUGCAUGAGUACUAUAAACAAGAGAGCAUGUUUUUGGAUAUAAAUUUUUGGAUAUGAAGAAGCUUAAGGCUGCAAUCAGAAGUUGCUUUCAACCUUUCUGUAUUUUUCAACCGGAAGUGGUUCUUGUAUUUUAGGUGCUUUCAUUGCCUAAAUUCCAGGCUGGUAGUUUUUAAUAAUAGUUUUUAAUAUGCAGGUUUUCACUGUAGUUAAGUUGACCAAUUACUUUUGUUGAUUUUCAGGUAAAGGGCAAAUUAGGAUAACCCCAGUUGGUCAAACCAAUGUUACAGAAGGGCAUAAUGUGGAAUUUGUCUGCCAUACUUCAGCGUACCCCAGCUUUUCCAUCUCUUGGAAGAAAGUCAACCCCGUUGGCGGUACGUUUUCUAUAAUAAUAUGUAGUCGGAAUCGAAACUUAUUUAUAGGUAAAAGCGGAUAGCUCAACCUAUCCACAUUUUUUGCAUUGUUUGUUCAGUGUUGCUCUCAAUUGCGUAACUGGAGGGUGUUUGGGUGUCCAGACGCGGGGGGACCCCGGCAAAAAUGACCAUAAAAUUUUUGCUAGUACAUUUUUGCAAAUUGCCCUGAAAAUUUGCAACGAGUGCCCCCCCCCCUCCCCGAAUCAUAUCGUAUCGUAAAAUUUUAUCUCAAGACGCUAGCCUCAUCAACAUACGUUGGUUUUCAUGAGGGGCGUUGUCAAUUUUAAAUAUAUAAAAAGUAUUUGCAAGAAAAUACGUAGAAACACAGAAAAACUAUUUACAAGAGUGCAUGCUGAAUUACAGAGGUGUGACCAAUACAUUAACAUUAGUAACAGAAUCAAAGAUUAAUAUUUUCUUUCAAAAUAUGGAUUGAUCGUGCCUCUUUUGCUUCCUGAGAAAGGCUAUUCCAAAGCUUUGCUCCGCUGUAUUUAAAACUUUUUUUAGGAAUUCCCUUCUCGCUUUUGGGAGAGCUAAAUCAGUAUAGCUAUUUCUUAAGUUAUAUUUCGCUUACGUUAAACUACUCCCAAUCAAUCACUCUUUCAAGUUAGGAGCAGUAUAAUCGUUUAGAAUUUUAUAAAGGAGGAAUUGGAAUUUUAUAAAGCAUUUUUUAUAAAGCAAAUUUUAUAAAGAAUUUUAUAAAAUAUUUAUUUUAUAAAGCAAAUUUUAUAAAGCAGGAAUUGGUGAAAUUGUGAAAUUUGGACCCCCUUUUUUGGUAGACUUGUCAUAGUCCGGACAUUUUGAAAAGUAUAUACAUGCAUAUUUUUUUCCAAAUUGCACUCGAAACUACACUAUUAUACCUAUACCAAUUUUUCAGCAUAAUUAUAUAACUAAUAUUUUUGUAGACGUGUUUGGAGGCAAAGUGAGCCAAAAGGAUCUAUAUCGAGAUGGGAAGCUCUCAGGCAAGUCAUAUAGCAUAUCUCAAGUGACAUACCACGAUCGUGGGGUCUAUAUGUGUGAGACUACCAAUCCAUUUGGUGUCGUUCAACAAUGUUUUACUCUCAAUGUAUUGAAAAAUUUCGGCUGAAAACACUUUAAGUCGCAUUGUUAACGUAGUAUGAGAAAAUGAUUCAAUAAAUUAGUAAGGACUGGGUCAU